AUGAAUAUCCUGGCGGAUAACUUCAUACUUGGAACUGAUUACAAUAAUAAUGAGAAUGCAUUAUUGAUGGGUGAUUAUUGUUUGUACUCAGACGAAGUUGGAAUAUGUGAAGCUACGGCUCCUACUACACCACCAGCAAUUGCUAAUUGUAAACGAUCCACUUCAUUAAAUUCUGCAUUGAAAAAGAAUGGUAUUCGUGGUGAUAAAAAAGUAGUGCAGUUCGCUGAUGCUCUUGGUCUUGACUUGGUUCAGGUUCGACCUUUCGAAACCUCUGAAGCAGACGAUGGCAUAUUCGGUACGACACCACCCUUAUGUGUACGGGGAUUUGACUCACUCUUCCUAUCAUCGAUGCCAGUUAAACGAAAAUUUGCGGUCCCCUCAAUAACGCAGCCAGCAUUUUCGACUUAUUUGCAAAUUCGUUUCAAAUUAGCUGGUGAAGAGCAGCCAUGGCAAGACAGUCAGUAUAUCGCUAAAGAACUUGGACAAAAAGUCGAACGAAAUGGUGUUUCUCUAAAAUCGGUGAACACAAUCGGAACAACUAUCAAUGGCGUUAUUGCGGUAAAUAUACGAUACACUACUGACGAUUGGAUAAGUUUUUCCGAAAUACCUUCGUUAUAUAUUGGUGGAGCCCUUGGAGGACGCAUUGAUCAGUUUUCUUUUUCGAUCUAUUUACCUGCAUGUUUUCAAGUUGGAAAAAAAUGCGAAUUUUGUGUCAGAUAUAUAACUGAUCAAAGAGAAUGUUGGGAUAAUAAUGCGGGGCAAAAUUAUAUCGUAGAAUGUAAAAGAAUGCAACAUGGAUUUGGCGAAAGUGAUUGA